AGCCCAGAGCCCACACCCCCUCCUGAACCCUAAACCCCUAUUGCAGCCCAGUGAAAGUGAGGAAGGGACAGCGUAGAUCUUGGGUUGCCCUUAAAUUCAAAAAGUGAUCUUGAGUGUAAAAAGAUUGGCGACUAUUCUUUCAGAGCAACUUGCACAUAGAUUAAAAAUAGCAAUAACAAGAGCUCCUUGUUCCCUCUAGCCUACAGAAAGAAUAGCUUGAUUUGUUUACAGGCCUUUGUGGUUUGCAUGUGUAAGAGUCAUAAUACAUUGCUAAGGGGAGGGUUAAUUCAGCCGUCUGAAUUGUGCAUUUAAUGCUGGCGAUGGGGAGGGCCCCCCCCCAGGUCUUUUCUCUCUUACAGGAGCAAGUCACACAGUCUAUGUCUGGCUCCUGGAAUAGCUCUAGCUUCCGAGCUUGGCACUCGCAUGUCGGCUAUAAUGUUCCCUUUUACCUCCAUGUGGUUUUGAUUGCUAGCAGUUGUCUUCGAUGGUUUUCCUUUGACUGCUCUGGGAUGAGGCAAGGGUAGGGAACUGAACAAUAUAUUACAUAAUCAGCUAGCCAUGGCGCAGUGACAACUCCCUCCUGCUUGAAUGGGUCCUCAUCAAGACACGUGAUUCCCUGGCCAGGAAUUGGAACGUGAGUCUUCAGCAGCUUUCAUGCUGCAGCUCAGAACCUUGGAUCAAGAGAGAAACGAGGCCAAAAGCUACCACCUCCAAAGACAAAGAAUCACCAGCUGCAGGCUUGCACCAGGAGCAGUGGUGAGUCAUGGAGUCCCCUUGUCCCUUCCCACCUCCUCUGAGCAGAGGCAGUGGUGCUAUUGUGGAAUCUUCUCUGCUUCAUCCUUUGCUGCUCAUCAAGGAUGUGAAAGAGCAGCUAAACACGCACAUCAGAAAAAAGAGACUCCAGCUCCUGUGGGGCUUGCCAUAUAUAAUCCUGAACUCCCUGGCAGCAUCCAUCCCAUCCAUCCCAGAGUUCCUGGAAUGCACAGCGCUGCUGGAGUCUAAAGACUACCAGCGGCCACUCUUCAGGGCAGAAAGGCGUAAGCACCUUGAGCGACACCUGAGAGAGAAAAUGGUGCAUCGCAAAUGGGGCCUUCCCAAGAGAAUCCAGAAGUCUUUGAAAUGGUUUAUUCCUCCUGAGGCAGCCAAACAGGAGCCCAUGCUUGAUGAGAAGGUUUCUAUAUCUACCUCUACACAUACAGGACUUUGUGAAGCUUCAUGUGGGAGCUCAGAGGCCUGUACUUGCAGGAUCUGUCUGACAGCACAGAGAUCUGAAGGCAGUGGACAAACCACAGUGACACUAGGCACUACAUCUGAGACCACUCUAGCUGGAAGCAUGAGAAAUCUUCAGAGAUGUCAGACCCGAACAUGUCCACAGAAUAAAACAGGAGAGGAGUCUCUGCUGCUGGAAUGGUCUAUGAAUUUAACCCAGAUACAACUGAGCUGCCAGUGAUUGGGGAGAAGAAAAAGCACCUGGAGUUCCAGGAAGGGAAGGAGAAUUGUGACCUUUCAGAAGACACUGAGGGCUCCAGGGACACAUUUUUGCUGGGUACAAGUCCACCAAGCACACAACCAGCUCUCCUCAAUGGGGCUCAGAGAGAAAUUGGAACUAGCUUCAUGGACACACGGUUCAGAAAUAACAAAGGACAAUGUAACCAGAACCUGGAGCUCGGGACGAAGCUUGAGAUGAAAUGGGGUGUGUCCUACAUGUUCCAGGAAUCCUUUCCUGCCAUGAGACCUCCCCCUGCCCAACUCACUUACUGGGAGAGAAAGCCCAGCUCAGGAGCAGAAAAAAGCCCUGUAAGCAGGUUCAGUGGGUCUCAAAAAUUACCCCAUAGGUGCCAAUGGGGAUUUUCCCAGGGACACUUAAGGGCCAUCAAUCCUCCAGAACAGUCACAAUCACAGCUGCUUUCACAGGGCAGAGAGGAGGAUCCAAAAUCUAACUUUGUCCAGGAAGGACAGAAAUUUCUUGGAAUAGCUGGCUCUUGUAGGUCAGUAAUUAUGCACAGAACUGAGCAUGAUGCAGCUGAUCCCUCUAGGGCCCUGUUACUGCCAGGGCAGUUAGCCUCACUGGAAGGUGAGAAUCAAGAGACGAGGCCAAUGGUGGCUCUUACAGAGCUCUCUCUGGAAUCCCAGUUCCAACCCAGCCCAGCUGGAGUUCCCUGGGCUCUCAAUGGAGACAUGCUGAGGAAUAAAAAUCUUCAGAUUAAAUUGGGUUUGCAGAGUCCCUCCCAAGUGCCAAUGACCCUCAGCACCAACCCAGCAGCCUCCCUGCAUAUCCCAGGAGCUGAGGGUGAAGAAAGUCUUGUUACAGAUGACACAAAAAAAUACUUUGAAUUCCAUCUGAGAGAAAAAUUGCUGCAUCAGAAAUGGGGACUCCCUAAGAGACUGCAGGAAUCCAUGACCCUGUUUCUACUGCUAGAAGCAACAAUAAAUUAAUAAUGCCUUUCUUCCCCAAGGAAGACUGGGAUGUGCUGGUCUGGGUCUCCUUACUCUCCUUCCAGGACAGAAUUCUACAGUACUUAUCACCUCCUCUAAAUUUCUGUUACCAUUAAAUAUAACUCUGGAUAUUCAUCUA